AUCAAAAAAAAAAAAAGAAAUGUAGAAAACCAGAAAGGCUGCUUGUUUUUCAUCGACGGUGAUUGAAUAAUAGAUUUACACAAAUCUGUCGUGACGAAAUUGGAUAGUUUUUGAAGUGGGAGGGAUGUUCGCUUUUGGUAAUAACCUUUACAUUGGUGAGGAGUGCUCUUGGUUACCUUUUUUGGCCUAAUAUGGCUUGGUAUCCUUUUUUAUUUCGUUCCUCUCCUCCCAUGUGUGUGUGUGUGUGUCUUCAAGUGUGUAUGUGCCUGUGCGUGUGAGUGUGUAUCGUCUGGAGACCUAUUCCCCCUGGCUGAGCUCACGCACACCUAUUGCGGCUUCGCUAGUCAGGAAGCGAAGACCUGUACCGCCGCACACGAUUCAAAACAGGUCUCAGUCAUCAGCCAGUCGUCCCACUUGACGCGUGUCAGAUUGGCGAUUGCGCGGCCCUCGACACUUGUGCCUAAACUUUCGAAACUGUAAAAAAUGGAGGAAGUUAUUCUCCGCAAGUUGGACGAAAUGUUUAGCGAUUUACGACAGGAAAUUCAGCAGAACCAUUUGCUAAAAGUGCACCCAACGAAAGACCAACACCAAGGCCAUUGUCAUUCUUCUCGGUCCAAUUCUAAUUUCAAUAGCAAUAGAAGGCAGUCGCUACCGAAUCAUGCCAUACCAGGUCGAAGAGUGUCAAUGCCUGCCAAACUGGUGCCGUCGGCGACAUCAUCUAUCAGACGUGGAUCGCUACCCGUCGAAGUUGAGGGACGUCGGUCUAGUCUUCCUGCUUUGCCCACUCGACGGUUGUCUGUUGAAUUACAACCGCAGCGUCGGGAGUCGUCCAGUUCGAGGAAAUUCUCUCGCGAUUCACUUGACCUGGAUUUGGUUAUUGAAGACGAUUGCGAAGCAGAUGCCGAUUCCGAUUAUAACAAUUCAGUCAUAGUCGAAGAAGAUGAGGAGACAGACACUCAGUGAGGAGUGAGUGGACGAGCGCAAUAAUGAAUUAGUGGCAUUAGCUACUUUUCUCCAUCACGGGAAAUGAGAUCUAAUUUCAUCGCCAUUUCUUGUUCACUCAGCUUUAAUGGCUAUCGUGAGUCAUUUGAUGAUGGUUCCUUUAUCGUUCGCUUUAACGGCAUCGUGGUCGGACAUUUUAUUACACAACUGCUCACGAUUUUUUGCCGAUUGAAGUAAUAAAAUCGUGGUUUUGGGUUGCUUAAA